AUGUCGGUUCAGUUGGGCGUGUCGGGGGAGACCCUGAUCCCCCAGUCGACCGGCUAUGGCAUGCUGAUCGGGUUGGGCAUCGGGUUCUGCGGUGUCAUUCUCGCAGCCGUCAAGAUCCAAAAGGCAUACCUGGCCGAAGACUCGGGCACUUCGGAGAUGUUCAUGGUGGCCAACCGGUCUGUCGGAACCGGAUUGACGGCGUCGGCGGUCUUUUCCUCGUGGAUGUGGAUUAACGAAACGGUUUUCUCGGCGGCUUUCUGUUACAAAUUUGGCCUUGCAGUGCCCUUCCUUAUUUACGGUAUCUCCGGGAUGCACUUUGUGGCUGCAACAAUUCUCAUCCCACUUGGAGUCGUGCUUUACACUGCUGUUGGCGGACUCAAGGCCACCUUCAUUACCGACUACCUGCACACGCUGAUUGCUCUGGUCCUCAUCAUCUACUUCACGCUCAAAGUCCUCACGCACGAUGCUGUCGGUGGCCUUGGAGGUCUCUACGACAAAGUUGUAGCAACGGCUUCGGAGAACAUGAUCGACGGUAACUACAAGGGGUCUUUGCUUACGAUGAAGUCCCGAGAUGCAAUCAUCUGGGGAUUGAUUCUGAAGUUUGGUAACUUGGCUCUUGUUGUGAUGGACACAGCCUUCUGGCAAAAGUCUUUCGCAACGGAAGUAAACGCCACCGUUCCUGGAUACAACCUGGCGGCCGCAGCUAUCUUUGGCAUCCCAUGGGGUCUCGGAACCGUCAUCGGUCUCACUGCAAGAGCGCUUCACAACACGCCGAUUUGGCCUGCCUAUCCGCAAGAAUUUACACUGGCGCAGGUCAACGCAGGACUUGUCAUGCCUUACACCGUGAAGGCACUGAUCGGUGAUCAGGGAAUCGACGCCUUCCUAGUCUUGGUCUUCAUGGCACUGACGAGCACCGUCUCGUCAUCUAUGAUUGCAGUCAGCAGCAUCUUGUCAUUCGACGUGUACAAGACUUACAUCAACCCCAAAGCCUCAGACAAGAAGCUGGUGCACGUCAGUCAUUUGUCCGUCGUCUUUCACGCAGUCUUCAUUACUGCCAUCUCACUAGCUCUGAACUACGGAGGCGCCGACAUGACAUGGAUCGGCUAUUUCCGCCCGAUUUUGUCCUGUCCUGGUAUCAUUCCACUGGGUCUGACUCUGUGCUGGUCAGGUCAGACUCGCUUGGCAGCAAUCGUCUCCCCCAUCCUAGGUUUCCUCACCGGACUGGGCAUCUGGCUUGGAACAGCCCACGUAAUCUACGGCGAGAUCAAUAUGAAGACAACAGAGGGAAGCUUGCCUGCCUUGUAUGGGGCAACUGCUUCUUUCUUCUCGCCUGCUCUGUACUCGGUUCUGCUUUCGCAGUACAAGCCUGAGAAGUUCGAUUGGAGGAGGUUCCUGCUCACAGAAAUCGCGGAGGAAGUCCAGCUGAAACGAAGUACCGAAGCAGAGAAGGACACCGACGAUGGCAACAACUCAUCGACUUCCGAGUCACAACGACCCGCACCCUCCUUGCUGAGUCCCGAAAAGGCGUCUGACCCGGAACGAACGGCAGCCACGGCUGGAAACGAAAAGGCUCCAGCUGCGGUAUUUUCAAGGGAUGCUAUUCUGAAUGGCGAGGUCAAUCUAGAUGACGUUCGUCAUCCGUUCGACGAAGACACGAUCACGCUGCUGUAUAAGUGGUACCGCAUUGCCUGGUACAUGUUCGUCGGCAUCGUCCUCGUCACCUUCAUUCUCUGGCCGAUGCCGCUGUAUCGCGACUACAUCUUUGAGAAGACUUUCUUCAAGAGCUGGACGACGGUGGCUAUCAUCUGGCAGUUCUUUGCUUUCUUCGCGGUUGUAGUAUACCCUCUGUAUGACGGACGCUACGAGAUUGCCCGAGGUGCGAAGGGUGUGUGGCACUCAGGGCGGGACCUUCUCCGGUCUAAGCAUUGA